GUUCUCUCCAUUAGCCGCUACUUUCUGAUAACGCGAGAUUACUCUUGUGCGAUAAAAAAGUGUUUUGAUGUUUUUUUGCCCCAAAUAAGGAAGAUAGAAAGGCUUAAUUCUAAAAUGUGCUGCUAUGAAAUGAUUUAAGGAUGUGAAAUCUCCACAAAUAUGAAGAAUGAUAAUUCGUACGGGAAGAGAAGAUGAAAGAAAUUGUUUGGGAAUUGGAACAUGUUUCUGUGGUGUGAAUUACUAGGGCUUGGAACAAGGUUUUGCGUAAACAAUGAGGCGGAAACAUUUAGUGGGCGUGGUAGUGGUGAUUUUUCUGACUUGGAACGUGUUGAUGUACUACAUGCUGGUCUCAAGGAACCCUGGGAAGGUGGGGGCGGUAUCGGUGCAGGAUCAGCUGAGAAACUUACAAGGUGACAUCCAGCGACAGCUCUCACAUAACUCUGAUCUACUCCAACAGCUACGUAAGUUUCGAGAGCAAAAGCAGUCAGAGAAACUGGAUAAAGAAAUCCGUAGAACCCCGCACCCCAUCGACACGAACACUGUGAUUCUACCCAUCCUACUGAUCGCCUGUGACCGUACAACGGUCAGCCGAAGUCUGGACUUACUACUCAAAUACAAUCCCAACAAGAAGAGGUUCCCUAUCAUCGUGAGCCAGGACUGCGGACACAAACCGACUGCUGACGUCAUACAGCGCUACGUGUCUGAACACGGAAUCCAGCACAUUAAGCAUCCCAACGUCACUGAUAUCAAACUACCAUGGCCCCAGAGGAAGUUCCAGGGCUACUAUAAGUUGAGUCGUCAUUACAAGUGGGCCCUGAACCAGGUGUUCCACACCUUUAACCACUCAGCGGUCAUCAUCGUUGAAGAUGAUUUGGACGUCUCCCCUGAUUUUUACGAGUAUUUUUCUGCAACAUUCCCUGUCCUGCAUCAGGACCCCAGUCUGUGGUGCGUGUCCGCCUGGAAUGACAACGGCAAAGUCGGCAUGGUGUCCGACGAAGCAGAUUUAUUAUACAGAACAGAUUUUUUCCCUGGACUUGGAUGGAUGUUAGAGAAAUCCACCUGGUUAGAAAUUGGACCAAAGUGGCCAGACGCGUUUUGGGAUGACUGGAUGAGACACCCGGACCAGAGGAAGGGCCGUGCCUGUAUACGACCCGAGAUCUGUAGGACUAGCACAUUUGGCAAAAAAGGAGUCAGCAAGGGGCUGUUUUUUGAAAAGCAUCUGAAGUUCAUCAAGUUGAACGACAAGUUUGUGCCUUUUACAAAGAAGGACCUCACAUACUUACAAAAAGACAAAUAUGAGCAGUAUUUUAUGAAGCUGGUGAAGGACACUCCAGAGGUCACCGUGUCAGAGGCCAUGUCAGGUCACAAGUCAAACAUGAAGGCACUCAAGAUCAUCUACUCCACCAAAGACGAAUUCAAGUCUACGGCCAAGAAGCUAGGCAUUAUGGACGAUUUUAAGGCUGGAGUUCCGAGGGUAGCCUACAAUGGAGUGGUCAGCUUCAUGUAUAGAGGACAGAGGAUAUACCUCGCCCCACCCUCUAACUGGAAGGGGUACGAUCCCAAAUGGUCAUGACCCCCACCCUCCUAAAUAGCUUCAGUGAUACUCUUAAUCCAGGGGAGAGUACUCCCUCACAUUGGUUAGGAAGGCUUUUUAUUGAAAUUAGAUAUAUUCACUAAAUUGUUCAAUGCAAUGAUAAUAUAUGGUGGAUGCAAAAUAUAUUUUUAUUUUGUUGCAAAUUUGCACAUGUGAUUUAUGUACAUAUAUGAGUUCAUGUAUGUACCCUAGGUUUGGUUACAUUAUGGUGUAAGGGUAUGAGUUGUUAUACAUAUAUAUGUUAUCCCUAAGGUGUGUUAAUCAAACUUCAUUUGUUAUUUCAAAGUAUGAAAGUUUUAUGGGGUGAUAAAGUUGACCAAAUCUAUUUUUUUUCCACACUUACCAAAUACCCAUUGAUCAUGCUCUUUUUUCUACAACAGCACAAUUUUAAUAUACAUACCGAGUUUGGGGGGAAACUUGGCUUGCCUAACAUUGUUGAUUAAUUUUGAAGUCUGUCUGAAUUUGUUUUAUGCAUCUGAGAUGGAACAUAAAGUUUGUUUGAUUUAGAUCUGUGUUUUCUAUAAUGUUACUGUCUCCCUAAAACUUAUAUUAAACUAAACAAAAUAGAAAUGCCAUUCUCUGUGAUAUAUGAGUCAAGGUUAAAAGGUUAAUCAAUUGGAGAAGGUAAAGGUCAUUGAUCAAGUUGAAGGUCGAUUGUUGUGGGUUAAUUUUUGGCUUUUUGAUGCUGUCGGUGGAGGCUAAGUUUUCUUGUUUAUUUCAUUUACUGUUGACUUGUAGAGGCAGGAUGGCAAAACAUAUCGGAUCCAACUCGUAGUUUCAAACAUGAUUUAUCCAACCAUGAAUUUUCAUUCAUGAAAGAAAAAACCCAAAUGGUCUAGACUAGCUUUGAAAUUCAAUUUUGUUUGAAUAUUUUUUGUAUACCUGUGUUUAUUUUUAUGAUAUUUCUAUACAGGAUUCUUUUUAUUAAAGCGAUAUAAUCAUCUAGAAAUAGACAUUGCCAUCUAACUCUUUAAAUUUUAAAUUCUAGAUAAAUUCCAAUUUCUUCACACAUUGAACUCAUACAGAAAAAUUUUGGAAUAUAGUGAGGUAGUUUUUUGUAAUGAAAAAGAAUAACAUUUGUAAGUGAAUUUCAAACUGUUAAAGAAACUAAAUUUAAAAGGGAUCAUUUGGAUUUGCUACUGUGUGGAAAUGUUUUUUUGUCACAUUUCAAUAGAAAUUUUAUCCACCCUUGAUACUCCACCAAACAGUUUCACGCUAUGAGUUUUUCACGGGUAAUUGUGAGUAGUUUUAUAAAAGUUAUUUUUGUACGUCAUUAAAAACGAACGACUUUUGAUAUUAGCUUGGAUAGUAGUAUUAUUAGCAGCAAACUAGAAAUGAUCAUUUUAGCUUUUUUAUGGCAUUGUGAACACACACAAGUAGCAUUGUGCAGAUAUGAUUAUUUUUUUGUACUAAGAUAGACAGUAGGGGGAGAUCUUUGUUUGGUCAGUAAGAAUUCUAGUUUAAUCUUUUGUUCCUCCCCUCCUUGUCACACUCUCAUUAUAAAAAGGGGAUGUAGGUAAAAAGGUUUAUUCCACCCCCUCCCUCUAUUAAAAGAUAUAAAGGGGAAGGGCAGGUAAUUCAGUAAGUAGCUUUGUGUUUGAGCUCUUUGGGGUCUGUGGGUGCAUGUGUUUGUUUGCUACACACACUCAACUGUGACGUGUCCACACACUUAACUACUGAAACAGAGGCAUGUAUGUGUUUACACCUGUAAUCCAAGCAUGAAUGCUGAAAAAAAAAGUAUUUGUUCUCUAAACGGUGCCAUGAAGUUUGUCCCUUUCCCCUCUCUUGAAAUCAAAUUUUUUUUUUUUUCUAUGAAUAUCAUCUGUAAACACGAUAAUGUGUUAAUUGUAUAUUUUCAUAAAGAUAAUGUUGCUUUAAUCUUCAUACCCUGUAAAUAAUGACAUCUCCCUUUGACUUUCCAUAUGAAUGAACUUUGACCUAGCAUUCUAUUGAUUGCAAUUCAUCUCUGACAUGAGACCUGUGCAUUUAUUUCAGCAAUUUCUAGAAUAUUUAACCGUUGCCAAUUUAGUUUAUCAUGAUAUAUUUGUAUUUUUGUGUCACUGUAUACGCCCAUUAUGAAUCACUUCAUAGAAUCCUGCAGGUGUGACCUUUACACUAGCUUUCUCCUUUACAUAAUUAUUUCUCACUGACCAGUGACAUAAAUACAAAGCAUUCUCCCCUGACAAGGAGACGGAAAAGACCAGUAACCCAUUAUCAUCCAUUUUUUAGAGACCAAAAGCUAAGAUAUUGGUUGACGACAAUAAACUCAUGUUGAGGUGUUUCCCAAUAACCUUUGAACAGUCUUUAGUAUGUCAACCACAAAGAAUAUUCUACAACCGUUUGGCAGCUUUCAGAGUGAUAGGAUAGAUCACAACCAAAAAUUAUAUACCAUUGAGAAAACAUUUCUCCAUGUUUGUUCUGUUCUAGUAACUUUCAGAAAACUAUUGUUACAUUGUAGUUGAUGAAUACUUAUCUCUCAGACUAAUUUGAUCUUGUAUAAACUCUGUAAACCUAACGAUGGAAUUUAGAGUGUGACAUUUGCUCAACUCUGUACUAACCUGAAUUGGUUGACCUUGUUUCACCUACAGUCAAACUUAUGACAUCUCUGUGUAAAUCUUCGGUUGACCUUAUGGCAUCUUUGUAUCUCUGUAUUGACCUUAUGACAUCUCUGUAUUGACCUUUGGGUGACCUUAUGGCAUCUCUGUAUUAACCUUUGGUUGACCUUAUGACUUCUAUAUAGUAACCUUUGAUUGAGCUCUGUUGAUCUUGUGUCACGAUGUGACCUUAUGACAUCUAUGUAGUGACCUUUGUUUGACAUUGUAUAUGUAUUAUCUCUGGGUCGACACUGGUUCAUUUUAAUGGAGCUUGAUUUACUAUUGCCUGCUCCUAACUGAUCAUCAAUAUGAAGACUUGUAGAUUUUUAGAACUGUUUGUAUGUUUUGCUUAUUGCCCUCUUUGUGAUGAGCUGGGGGACUGUAUUCUCUAUA